AUGAAUUCGCAAGAGAAAGAGGUGUCGAGGACUGAAGUCCUUCAGCGGACUGGCAGCUCAGACAACUCCACUGGAGCCGAGUACCAGACGUCCAAAUGGCAGAAAUUUCUGGAGCUCAUAGAAGUGCACAAGACUUCGCGCAAAGAAACUAUCAUGGAGACGUUUCUGUACAACCAGGACUUGCGGCCAGUGGAAUCCGCUCGUCGCAAAUGGUCGUGGUUCAACUUCGUGUAUUUCUGGAUCGCAGACUGUUUUAACAUCAACACGUGGCAGGUCGCGGCUACGGGUCUCCAGCUGGGCCUCAGCUGGUGGGAAACGUGGCUGACAGUUUGGAUUGGGUAUGCGAUCGUCGGUAUUUUGGUCGUUUUGACGGCGCGGAUUGGUACCAUGUACCACUGUUCUUUCCCCAUCACUGCGCGUGCCUCGUUCGGAAUCUUCUUUUCGCUGUGGCCCGUCAUUAACCGUGUCGUGAUGGCCAUUGUGUGGUAUUCGGUGCAGACGUGGAUCGCCAUGACCCCUAUUUCGCUGAUGCUCAAGAGUAUAUUUGGCUACGAUUUACCCGACAGAAUCCCCAACCACAUCAACAGCCCUAACGCGACAACCUACCAGUUCAUGUGCUUCUUCAUCUUCUGGGUGUGCCAGCUUCCCUUCGUUUACGUGCACCCUCACCAGGUGAGACACUUAUUCACCGUCAAAGCCGCGCUAGUGCCGUUUGCCGCUUUCGGUUUCCUCAUCUGGGCUCUAUGCAAGUCCAACGGCAAGAUUGCACUCGAAAGCUUGGUCGAGGGCCCACCCUUGACUUCCAGCGAGCGUGGUUGGGCCUGGAUGCAGUCGAUCAUGGCAUGCAUAGCCAACUUUGCGACUUUGAUCGUUAACGCUCCCGAUUUCUCACGUUUCUCCAAGACCAAAGUCUCUGCCACUUGGUCCCAAGGUAUCUCCAUUCCCUUCUUCUUUUCCUUGACCUCCCUGAUAGGUAUUAUUGUCACAGCUUCCGCAUACAAAAUCUACCAAGUUAACUACUGGUCCCCACUAGAUGUGCUAGACAGAUUCUUGGGCGACGGUUUCACUAGAGGCGAGCGCGCGGGCGCGUUUUUGAUUUCUUUCGUCUUUGCAGUGGCUCAAUUGGGUACUAACAUCAGUGCCAACUCUCUGUCUGCUGGUACAGACAUGACUGCGUUGCUACCAAAAUUCAUCAACAUCAGACGUGGUGGAUUCAUUUGCGCGGGCUUGGCGCUCUGUAUCUGUCCUUGGAACCUCAUGUCCAGCUCCAAUAAAUUUACCAUGGCUUUGAGCGCUUACGCCAUCUUUUUGAGUUGUAUUGCUGCUGUCAUGUGCGCCGAUUACUACGUUGUCAGAAGAGGGCAGUACAACUUGUUUCACUUGUACAGCUCAGAUCCAAAAGUGUCCGACUACAUGUAUGGCUCUAGGUUCGGAAUCAACUGGAGAGCGCUCGUUGCUUACUUGGCUGGUAUUGUGCCCAACAUGCCCGGUUUUGUUGGCGCCGUGGGAGACAACAUCCAUGUACCUGUCGGUGCCACCAGAGUCUACUACCUUAACUAUUUGGUUGGAUACUCUGUCUCAUUCGUGGUCUACGUCAUUCUGUGCUACUUCUUUCCUGUGCCCAAUGCUCCUGUCAGGAACUGCCUUAAAGGCAAAGACUGGCUGGAGACGUUCGCAGAGGUUGAUUUCUUCGAGGAAGAGCGUGAGGGUUUCCUCCAAGACAAUAACAUUCUGUCUAUAGUUUCGUCGCAGUUGGGCGCUGGGGAUAACGACGAAAUUCUUUCCGCUUUCGAGCCGAGAAUUGACAGCAAAUGA